CGCUGGAGCUCCGUUCACUUCAAAGGGGAUGCCUCGUCCCGUGACGUCAGCGCGCCGCUCCUCUGAGUGUCAGGACGGUCCGCAGAGAGACAGCAGAGGAUGAGGAGGGGAUGAGCUGAGGAAGACACGCUGGGCGGACAACUGCUUAUCUAGGACAGCAACAUGCUCAGUCUACUGCGCCCCCUACUGGCCGCAUGCUUGUGCCUGCUACUGCCCGGCGGCCAGGGCAGGAUCCCCGGAUACAACAAUGGCUUUCACUACCAGGACAUCAGCAACGGCAACGGAAGCGGAGAGAUCUAUUUCAACGGGGUUCGUCUCCACGUGGAAUCCCUGCAGCCUGCAGUGUCGGCCACCAGGGGGAGCAGUGUCACCCUUCCCUGUCACUACCGCUACGAGCCUGAGCUGGCUGCACCACGCAGGACCCGGGUCAAAUGGUCCUGGCUGCCUGCCAACACCAUCAGUGCACCUGUUUCCCCUGCAGCCUCAGCCAUGGAAACGGAGGUUAUGGUCGCCAUGGGCAACCGUCACCGCAGCUACGGCAGCUUCCGGGGCCGCGUGCGCCUGCGACGCUCGGCACCAGGGGACAUGUCUCUAGUAAUCAAUGAGCUGCAACUCAACGACACAGGCAGAUACCGCUGUGAGGUGAUUGACGGCCUGGAGGACGAGAGUGUGACGGUGGAGCUGGAGCUGCGGGGCGUGGUGUUCCCCUACUACUCUCAGAAAGGACGUUACCAUUUUAACUUCUUUGGGGCCCAACAAGUUUGCCAGGAUCAGGAUGCCACGCUGGCUACAUUUGAGCAGCUCUUCACAGCGUGGGAGGAGGGGCUAGACUGGUGUAACGCUGGCUGGUUGGCUGAUGGCACAGUGCAGUAUCCAAUCACAGUGCCCCGUGAUGGCUGUGGGGGCGUGGACUUAGCUCCUGGUUUGCGCAGCUACGGACCACGGAAUCGCCACCUCUACCGCUAUGAUGCUUUCUGCUUCUCUGCCUCUGUCAAGGGAUUCUCUCCUGCAUUAGGGACUGUGUACUUCUUAAAGCACCCGACCAGGCUCAACUUCUCAGAAGCAGUCCAGGCUUGUGCCAAUGAUGGAAGUCAAAUUGCCAAAGUGGGCCAGCUGUACGCCGCCUGGAGGCUGAUGGGAUUGGACCGCUGUGACGCCGGCUGGUUGGCUGAUGGGAGCGUCCGUUAUCCUAUUACAAAGGCCCGGGCUAACUGCGGCCCACCAGAACCAGGGGUGCGUAGUUUUGGGUUCCCCCCUCCGUACCUGAAAUUUGGCGUCUACUGUUAUCGGUAGAUGCUUUGGCUCAACAGAAGACAAAAACAAACCAUUCUUACAGCAUACUGGUUCAAAGCUCUGCUUGAGAGGUUAGCAUUAGCUGUAGCCUGGAAGCAAAUCAGCAGUUAGCUAGUUUGUUCAUUUCUGAGCUAUUUUGAGGCCAUUUGGGUUCAUCGCUCUCCACCUCCAUAAGACUGUAACUGAUGUCUCAGUAUUGAACUACCAGUCAACAACUGUUAAACUAUGUACGUCCAUCAUGUGAUGCCACUUGUACGUAGACAAAAGUACAUAAUAGUAUAUGGACAGGGGUGUCCACAUACUAUUGGGCAUGUAAACAUUCAAUCUUGGGAACUUCAUUCUACAACUGCAAACUUUUGGGAUAAGUGUCUUAACCCAAAAGUUCCUAGCCACCUUGAUGGUUGAGGAAGUGGAGAGUGUUUCUCAUUAUUUUACUAUCGAAUCUUUCCAGUUGGUUUAUGAUUGUACACUCGCUAUCUGUAGGUUAAUUCCACCACAGACACGUUCUGUCUUUCUAGCACUGUGAAAUAUAUUGGAGUCUUUGUUCGUCUCCUGAAAUGUCUGUGUAUCCCAUUUUAUAAAGUCUAAUGCAUCUCUUUUUCAUUUUUCUGGGUGAUUAAGGGUAGUGCUCUGUGAUGGACUAAGCAGAAGUUAUGAGUGAGUAUCUGUAUUGUUGUAAUAUUUAAACUACCUUGUUUACAGCCAUUGUGGAAGAAGAAACAGUUUUUCAUUACAUACAUGUACCUUUUUUUGUUUUUCACUAUAUAUGUCUAUGCAUUUGUACUAUUUUCUACAAAUAAAUAAAAACACUACUCUGAAGACAUUUU